AUGGACCUUGUUGACCGCAAGAUUCUGAACAUCAUCCAGACACGCUUUCCACUGGUCGAAAUGCCUUUCGCCGAAAUCGGAGAUGAGGUAGAGCUGCCAGAGGAAGAGGUAAUCGAGCGCAUAGGCGAGCUAAAGGGCAAGAAUGUGGUGCGCCAGAUAAGCGCCAUCUUCGACACGCGACGGCUUGGCUACAAGACAACUCUGGUGGCGAUGCGCCUUCCGGCGGAUGAACUGGAUGCGGCGGCGCAGAUUAUCAACGUGCAUCCCGGAGUCAGCCACAACUACGCACGCAACGGGCACUUCAAUCUCUGGUUCACUGUCGCAGUGCCGCCAUACGAGGACCUCGCCGAGACGGUAGAAGAUAUGGCAAGCAGAACUGGCGCCGAGUCGUACCGCCUGAUGCCGACCAUUAAGUUCUUCAAGAUCGGUGUGAACUUCGAUAUGGUGAAGGAGGAGGGCGCGGCAAAGAAAUAUUACAGUCCCGACGGUUACGACCGCGCGGACGGGCAGAACUGGAACAAAGCGAUGCCCAUAACCGAUUUCGAGAUUGAAGUUAUCCGCGAACUGCAAGAGGAUGUGGAGUUGACUCCCCGUCCCUUCAGUCCGAUGGCAGAGCGGCUAGGCAUACCAUUGCAAGAGCUUUUCGAUAUCGCGGACUCGUUGCAAGAACGCAGUCUUAUGCGGCGUUUCAGCGCCGUGCUGCAUCAUAGGCGAGCAGGCUUCAGGUCGAACGCGAUGGCUGUCUGGAAGGUGCCGUCUGAACGCGCCAUCGAAGUGGGGCAACAUUAUGGCGCAGUCACGCUGGGUUACGCACUGCUACGAGCGCCCGACAUUCCCCGAUUGGCCAUACACGCACUUCACGAUGAUUCAUGCCACAUCCCAGGAUACCUGCGAGGAUGUGGCGGCAGAACUCUCUGA